GCGUCGUGCUUAUCAACAUCGACGGAGAGACAUUCGCACCGACUAACCGGGACGCCGUCCACCCCGUCGUCGAGGCCGUCCGUCGAUUUCCCUACGUCAAUCUCCACGCAGCUCGUCACCCUCUUACUCUCUGUCUCUUUCUCUCGCUCGUUCGCGCUUACUUACUCGCUCGUCCACCUGCUCGCUCGCUCGCAACGCAAAGGCGUCUUGAAAACGCCCGGCGUCGUUACACCAUCGUAUCCGCUCCGGUAUACAUAUAGAGUACAUUUACGCAUAUAUACACGUUGGACGUACGUCACUCGCGAGCUGUCAUUCCUCUGCUCUUAUUCCCCUUGCUCGUCUCUGACUGUUCUCCUUUCCUCCUUUGCUUCUCGUUCUCCAGUCUCUUGUUACUCCUUCAUGUCCCUGUAUCUUUUAUUCCUGCUUUAAUCUCAUCCUGUUCUCAAUCGCUGCUAUCUCUACGUGUGACACAGUACUUCUCGCGGCGCGCGAGAGAAACGAGAAGUGGCUUUUGCCGGGUCUCGAGAGAACGGACAAAGGGACAAGCAGUGCUCGUCGAGGCAGGCCGUCUUCGAAGUACACGCGACUACCCUACUCAGCAAGGGACGUCCCUGGACAUCCCACGACAUCAAGGGCGACGUCAUCGUCCGCACGUCAUCAGCAGCACCAGCAGCAGCAGCAGUAGCAGCAGCGACUCUCCAGGAUACUCCGGUACCUAGAACGCGGUUGUCAAGGCUCCUCCAGCUUGGGGAAACCCGAAAUAUUGCUGGAGGGUGUAACGAGUAACCAGCAAUGAGUGCCACGGAUCCCACCGGCGAGGGUGGAGGAGGGGGAGGAGGAGGGGAGAGUGCCAUGAUGACAAAUGUCGACCAGAAUGCAUCCCCGAGCACGCCAAUUACCGGCACAGCGGUGCCGAUGCAGGCGGCCGUGCAGCAGCAACAGCAGCAGCAGCAGCACCCACCACCGUCGCCCCUUAGUGGCUGUUACUUGCUCGUGGUGCUUCCUGAGCCUCACACCGCACAACACAAGGACCUCAUCCUAAAUCGCCUUGCAAAGGGUUUUCUAUCAUGGGACAAGGACAGUUGCCACGUAGAUCUGGAGAAGGAAUUAUUGGCCUUAGUAGCACAAGCCCCCGAAGGCGAAGAAGCCAGAAACGGCGAAAGGUUAAUCCAAUAUGCCACCGAGAACCUCGUAACGGAAGUUCUCAUUCACCCGCAAACGAAUACGUUAUUACAAUGCAUUCGUAAUCUCCUCGCAAGCUUUACGAAGCAUCGGCACAUCAUACACGCUGGAUACACAUUCGGUGGUAAUGGUUCCUGGAUACUGCAGGAUGGAACCUUCAGUCUCGCAGACUUUCUGGAUGCGUUCAGUGAACAUGAAGUGCAAAGAGUCCUUCGUGCCUAUGAGAAUAGCGUUACUGUAGAUAUACAUUGUGCGGGUGUCGGCGAUUGGACAACGAGUCGAUUAUCGAAGGAAGCUUGUUGCAGAUCUUGCAGAGUAAGAGUGAAUCCCGAUGAUGUUCUUACGGCCGGUAUGCCGGCCAUCACGAGUUUCACGAAUUACAUCGGACAGUAUCUCGUGUCGCAAACCCUGGACCAGCUCAUGGAACCGUCCGAUGUGGUUGGAAACAUUAGAUUUAGUCAUCCGACUUUAUACGUCUUCCCCGGUGGGCAAGGUGACGCCGCGCUUUUCGGGAUAAACGGCUUCAACAUGCUCGUCGACGGCGGCUUCGCCAGGAAAGCUUGUUUCUGGGACUUCACCAGGCAUCUGGAUCGGUUGGAUGCUGUUCUAGUCACUAGGAUAAAUAAUAGUAACAUCGGCGGCAUGUUCAGUGUUCUUCGCAAAAAGAAGGAGAUGCAUGUCUAUCCUCAAAUCGGCCAUUUCUUCUGUAACUUAGUCGAAAGAAGACAAUCAAAUUCACCUGACGGCGAUAAAGACAUCGAUCCGCUCAUCCUCAACCUCACCGACAUUGGUCAAGAGAUGGUACUGAAUCUUCGGCACAUCAAUCUUCGUGUCCAUCCUUGCUACAGGAAUCCCGAUCCGAUUAAUCUUUAUCACAAAGUAGGCCACGGCACACUGGACAUGUACGUUCUCAGUCCGAGUAAAGAUAGCCGCGAGGUGCGCGAAUUUCUGACGAAAUGGCACUCGUCGGAUUCGAAGCUGUUCGCUGGUUCUCAUAAGAAGGAUUCGAACAAUCUCACAUUCCCGAUUCAGAAUCUUGUGUCAAUAUGCGCGCUUCUAGUUUGGAAGCCAGCCAAUCCCGAAGACAACAUCACGCGAAUUCUCUUCCCUGGCAGUACGCCGCAGCACAAGAUCUUCGAAGGGUUUGGGCGACUGAAGCAUCUGGACUUCCUGAAACAUCCGGUGUGCUCAGCGAAGACGCUAUCGCCGUCAGCAUCUCUGACGACGCUAAGAGACAAACCGACAAAGCAGAAACUCAGCCUUAUCGAGAAAGAGUCAAAGAAGAUUUCAGAACCGAGGAAGGAAAGAAAAGAGCCAUUGGAGCCAAAGUCUAUGAAGACUGCGGAUGAGGCUGUACCCAAGGCAACCCCUCAAUCGACACCAAUUAUUCCCAUCAGUAAACCCAAGGCCGAGCCAAAGGCGAAGAAGGUUGUGGAAAACAAGAAGAUUGAUUCAGAAACAAAGGAGAGUAAAAAAAUUGAGAAAGAAUUGAAAGAAGUAAAAAAGGAAUCAAAGAAGGAACCAGCUAAAAUAGAGAAGGUAGAGAAAUCCGAAAAGCGAGAGGAUGAUAUCAAAAAGACUGACUUAAUCAAAGCGGAACUUGAGAAGACUGCACCUAAGGAACCCAAGGAACCGAAACCCAAACCCGAGCCAAAGAAGAAAGAAGCGAAGGAGGGCAAGACCACGGUGAAAGCCGAAGUGAAGAAAAGCGAGGUAACUGCGAAGCAGAAGCCGAGUGAAAAAAGAGCUAAACUUUCUGGCGCGGAGAAGAAAGAUGCCGUGAAGUCUUCCCCUACUACUCCGAAGAAAACCUUGAACGGCACUGCCACGAAGAUGGAGAUAUCCAAGACCAUGCCUAAGGCGAAACCGAUGGCCAAAGCUGUGUCCAGUCUUCCGGCCAAGAGUGCGAAGGAGGCUAACAACAGGAAGGUAGUGGAGCAGAAAAAGUCGGAAGUCGAGAAAUCCGCCGCGAAAGACACCGCAGCUCCCAUCGUCAAAGUAUCUGCGAAGCCUAAACCGAUAGACAGGAAGCCGAUUAGUCGCCGCACGAAACCGGUUAGUCCUAGCAAAGCACGCAUGCCGGGCAGUCCAGCGAAAUCCACUCGCAGCACGCCGACAGCUUCCGUAAAAUCGGACAAGGACGGUGUAAUUCGCAAAGCGAAGGGCGACAAAGGCACCACCGACUCUUCGACGGUAUCCACUCCGUCAGGUAUAGAACCGGAGGUUGUAAAACCGAUCGAUAAAAGUUUAAUCGAGCAAUCUGAAGAUAUUUCCUUGGAUUCUAUAGAGAGCAAAGUACUGGCCGAUCUCAAAGAAGAACGAGAAGUCGUCGAGGAGAUCGAAGCCGUCCUGCAAAAGGCAGAGAGGAUCGAGGAGACUCGAAAGGACGAUCGUUUCGAGGGAGACGACGAAAUAACAGCCGAGGCCACUGAUAAAAAGGAGGAAGAUAUCACAGAAGAGGAUGUCACCGCCGAGAUUGAGGAUGUGCCUAAGAAAGACGGUUCCAGGAAGGAGAGUCAGGAAUUGACCGAGGAGGACGAGUAUCUCAUAGUGGAGAAAGAAGAGGUUUAUACCGAAGACUCUGCGCAAAGCGGUGAAGGCGAGCAGAAGCAUGUCCUUGACGAAGCCGAAUCAGAAAAGGCAAAAAUACUGAAGGACGUAGAAGCGAUGAAGGAGAAAGGUGAGAAAGAGGAACCAGAGAAGGGUAAAGAUGACAGUCCAGAAAAGAAGGUCGAGAAAAUCGCAGAUAAAGGCGAAAAGGGAAUUGUUGGACUGUCUAUGGAGCAUAAGGAGCAAUUGCAGGAAGAAGUGAAGGAAAUAAUAGCUUCCGCGGCUGAAAUUGUGCAAAAGACUGAAGAGAAAGAUGAUUCCGGUAAAAAGGACAGCGAUGACACGAAAGAGCCGUCUAGUCUCAGCCCGGACAAACUGGACUCGUCGGAGAAGAAGACGACUGACACCGACAUGAAGCCGGACGUCGACCAGAAGGAGUAUAUCCUCGAGAAGAUGGAAGAAGCGAAUUCUCAGGAGCGAAUCUCGACGAUAGAAUCGGGAGCUACUACUACCGCUCCGACGUUACCUGAGGAUGAGCGAAUACCACUGGAUGAGAUAAAAGAGGAUAUUGAUGAGAAGCACGUUAUUGAAGAAGUGAAAGAAAAGGACGCGCCUGCAAAGCCAAAAGAGGAAGUCGUUUCAGAAGUUAUUCCGGCAGUUGCCAAGCCUGAUGUUAAAGUAUUUGACGUUCGCCAGCCAAUGCAGAAUCUACAAAGAGACAUCGUUAAAACACCCGAUGAAGUUGCCGAUCUUCCGGUUCAUGAGGAAGUCGACCCUAAACUUUAUAGGAUGGAAGAUUUUGAGAAGGGAAAAGAGGAAAAACCGUCGUCGACUCAACAGGAAAUGAAAGAACUUCCCACACCACCUAUUAAGGAGCAAAAGGGUGUCUUCAGUUUUUUCGGCAAGGUGGCGGAUAAGUUUGAGAAGGGGAUCGAUAAAUUAACCAAGAAGACAAAGAAAGAUUCUGACAAAGAUUCUGAUGAAAAAUCUUCGAAAUCUAGUUCUCCUAAAGAAGCGAGGGUUCCAGAGAAGACAGGUUUCGAAGAAGUUGAUAUGGAAAAGAUGUUCCCUAAGGUGAGCAAACCCACCGAGACGUUCGAAGAAGUGAAACCCACAGUUGCUGACGUGAAAGUAGCUGCCAUCAAAGAAACUGCAGCAUUCAUUCAAGAGGAGAUACUGGAUGCGAAGAGGCAAAGUGUGCCGGAUAUUGAAAAGAAACUUCUAACUGACAAGCCAGAAGAAAUAAAAAAAGUGACGAUUGGAACUGAAGAAAUAUUACCCGCGAAGGAUAUAUCGCCAGCCAUUCUUUCGCCAAUGAAACUAAUCGCAGAUAAAGAAAUUGUACCAGAGAUCGAGUCUUUGAAAGAGGAAGAUAUUGGAGAAGAGGCAGAGGAGGUAAAAGCUCUUCUGGAGGAAGCCUCGAAAAAGUUCAAGACCGUGAAAGAUAGUCUAAGGGAUUCUUUGGAAUCUUUGGAAGACAAAAUCAAAGAGGAAGACUUAGUUGUUCAUGAUGUACCGUCUGCUCUGAAGGAUGUAGUGAAGGAUACUCUAGAAGGAGUAGCCGAAAAAUUAGAAGUGAUCAAACCGCACACCGAGAGUUUCUCACCCGAUAUAAAAGAACCAGAGAAAGUUAAGUUUGAUAUUCCAAAAGAUGAAGAACUCGAAGAAGAGUAUGAAGAGGAGCCAGUGGGGCCAUAUAGAGAUAUGAAGGAAGCAAUGAGGGAUGUUGGAGAAGUUCUCGCUGGUACUGCUGGUAUCGAUCUCGAAGACAAGCAUAAAAAAGAUGUCACAGAGAUCGUAAAAAAGGUCGCCGAAGUUCUUAAAGAAGACGACUUUCUUUCCGAUAAGGUAUUGUUCCCAGACGCUUCUAAGAAAGAAGAAAUUUCGCCAGUUUCGACCGAAAGGAAACCUUCGGUAUCAAGUGGAAAGGUAUCUCCGGAGAAAUUCAUUGAGGAGAAGGAACUUAAACUUCACGAAGACAUUGCAAAGAAGGUUGGUGUCACUGAGGAAUUUCCAGUUCAUGAAGAAAUCGAGGAACUUAUCCAGAAACCUGGAGAGCCCAUGGCACCAUAUGAGAAACCCGAUGCUGUCGAGGUAAAAGAGGAGCUCUGUGUGAAAGUGAUAAAGAAAGAGGAAGAUAUAGUGACGUCACCCAAGAAGGAUGCCAAGAAAGAUAAGAAAGAUGCUCAGAAGAUCUGUGCGGAGAUGUUAAAAGACGAUCAGCAUAUUUGCGAUCAACAUAAAAAACCGAUCGAUGUUGAUACAUCUCGAGUGGACGUACUACAAGCCGGAAUUGAGAGCGUUUGUGUGAAGGAAGUAGCGAAACGACCAUCCUUCGAGGAAAAGCUAUCGGAGGACGAAAUAGAGCAUCCUGUGAUAGGCUUUGAACAAAAGGUUUCUCCGGCGAAAGCAGAAAUAGUGAUGGUGACUCCCGGUUCUACACCGACCUCGCCAAAAUUCAGCACGGAUAAAAUGUAUGAUCAAGAAUUGGAAAUUGGUUUUCGAGAAACUCCAAAGUUACCGGAGGACAUCAAGCAAAUUAUCAGCAAGGAAGCACCCGUUGAAGAAAUAAUCGAGGAAUUAAUUAUUACGAAAAAGAAGAAGAUCACUGUCGAAGUAAUCGAAUACAUCACCGUCGUAAAGCGCAUUCCGAGAGAACGAGUGAUUUAUAUUAUAGAGGAGAUUAUCGUGAAAAGAGGGCUAGCCAAAGAGAGCGUAGUAGAUGAUCUUGAAAUUCUGGAGUUGAAAGAUAUCAUGCCUGAAAAGAGAACAGAGGUUGAAGAGUACAUUGUUAAUGAGUAUAUUGUCAAGGGAAAGCGAAUUACUAUAGAGGUUGUCGAGGAAAUCUCGAUUAAAAAAGUUGUGCCUAAGAAGAUUGUCAUCGAAAUCAUUGAAGAGAUCAUUGUAAAAAAGAAAAUUGCUAGACACAUGGUACUAGAUAUUCCUGAAGAAGUGUUAUUGGAAAUAAUUAAAGAAGAAUCGUCGGAAGAAUCGCCAGAAGAAUCGGCGGAAGAACAGAUAACGCCAAAAAUAGACGUAACUUUGAAGCAAAAACCGACUGAUAAAGUUCCUUCAACUGAAAUAAAGGAACCAAUAAGCACGGAAAAGGAAACGGAAAUUGAAGAAUUUAUUAUUAAUGAAUAUAUCAACAAGGGAAAAAGAAUAACCACAUCAAUAAUUGAUGAAAUUUCUACUAAAAAAGCCAUACCAAAAAAGAUUCUCAUUGAAAUUAUUGAAGAAGUCAUCAUCAAAAAAAAAAUUCCCAGGACUAUAGUACUUGAUGUUACCGAGCAAGAAAUAUUAGCGAUAUCUAAGGAGACACUUGAUGACGAAGAAGAGAAAGAAAUAACUCUACAACAAAGAGUGGAAAUUGAGGAAUACAUCGUUAACGAAUAUGUUACUAAAGGAGAUAGCAUUACUAUACAAAAACUCGAGGAAAUCUGUAUGAAAAAGAAAGUACCUAGGAGAAUCAUUAUCGAAAUUAUCGAAGAAAUUAUUAUCAAGAGAAAAAUACCAAAACAUGCGGUACUUAAUAUAACCGAAGAAGAAUUGUCACACAUAAUCGAGAAGAAAGCGACGCCAGAACCGGAAAUUCCGGAUGAAAAGAGGAAAUCAAUCGCUGAAGUGGCCAGUUUUGCUGACGAGAAGAAACCUCCAGUCGAAUUGAAAAAAAAGGAGAUAUUUGAGCAUGAAGUCGAAGAGGAGUUACCAGCUGCAGUGGAAGAGGAAGAUGUCGAAGAGGAAGUAGACGGUUUCGUCAGUAUACCUAGAAGGAUUUCCGAUGACAGAGUCGAUGCGAAGAAGAAAGCGCUUUCGCCCGUGAGAACAGCAAUUUCCCCUGCUGCGAAAGAACACGAAAAGGAUGUAAUUGACGAUUUCGAAGCUGUCGAACAAGAAUAUAAAGUACGCGAUGUACCAGUCACAUCUCCUGAAAAAGCAGACGAGAUGAGAGAAAAAGAAGAUACUGAUGAAGCUGCGGAAGACACCACGAGCGAAGUGAUCGAGGCGGAUGAGAAAUUCGUGCAAGAAACCAGAGGAAAAAUAGGAAAAGAAGAGCCUGAGGUCAGUGUCGCGAAAGAUGCUAAACCUGUUGAUAAAAAACGAGAAUCUGAAGAACCAGAGAUAUCUGACGUAUCGGAAGUCGUUGAUACUAUCGAGAAAUAUUUGGACGAAGAUAAGGAGAAGACGGAUAUUCUUCCGAAAGAAAGCAUCGCGAAAUCGAUAUCGCCAGUUUUAGACAAGACAGCGGAAUCCUUGAAAAAAACAGAUGAAUUAAAAGAACUUAAAGAAAAGGCAGAAGAAUCAGAAUUUACAACAAAAGUUGCUGAAGUAAUGAAAUUAGAAACAAAACUUGCAGAUGCAACAGGUUUCGCACAAGAGCCAAAAGUAGAAUUGUUCAAAGAUGAUAAGAAAACCAAAGAUGUUGCAGAGAUUAAAAUUACUCCAGAAACUAAGGAAAAAGUUUCUCAAGAAAUGCCUGAGGAAGCUUUACGUAAAAAGCGAAGUAUUUCAAAGGAAUUGGAAGAUGAAUUAUCAAAGCCCGGGGAUAAGCCGCAUAUUGAAGCUGUAAAAUUUACCGAGACUGUUAAAGAUGAAAAAUUAACAAUUGAUAAACCCGUAAAAAUUGACGAUGAUAUUGGCACUGUUAAGAGAAUGCUGGUCACAGCAAGUAGUGAGGAUGGCAGAGAAGAAACAGAGAUUUGUCCGACUGGCAGCAUAACUUUCACGAAGAUCGUUACUCCAGAGGAUUCUCUUAAGGAUGGAUCAGUUAAAUCCACGCCAGAUAAAGAUUCUCUUCUGGAUAAGGAUUCGUUGCACUCGGGCGUAAGCAGUCCCGAGAAGGAUAGCAUUUCCGAAAAAUCAGUACCCGAAGGUAAAGAUAAAAUUACACCUGAAGACAGCUUAGAAAAAUCACCUGGUCCUCGUGAUUCACAGGAUCUUGAAGACAGUUUGGAGAAAUCGAUGUCACGCAAGUCAAAGGAAGCACCAUCAAUCGACGAUGACAAGCCGAAAGUGCCAGGGAAAUCAGAAGAUAUUACAAAACCGAAACCCGAAGAUAAACAAGAAGAACUUAGUGCUGAAAAAAUUGAGAAACCAAAAUCGCCUUUUGAUACGGAGGAUGUUCCAGUGGAAUCAGUCGAAAAACCGAAACUUCCUAUUGAGAAGAUGCUUCUAGAACCUGAAAAAGAAGGAAUGCCUGGUAUCCCGAAAACGCCUGAGUCGCUCCAUUCAGAAGAUAUUUCACCAGCUGAAACGAUUUUCUCAAAAUCACCCACGGACAAAUCUGAUAUGUAUUUUGCAAAAAUGCCUAUCAGUGAAGAAAAAGUGCCUCUUGAAGCGGUCACUGAAAAAUUACCCAUUAAAGAAACUAAACAGGAUACAGACAAAGAAUUAUUAAUUUCUCCAAAGAAAGAAUCGAGUCCGGGAAGCAAAGACGAUCAAAAAUCAGAAACACUCGAGACAAAAGAAUCUAGUCCAAAACCAACAUCGCCGAUUAUUGCUACCAGUGCAGUAGAUGAGAAAACUUUGGAUAUUGCUCCGUCUGAGAAAUCAAGGUCGCCAAGCAUGAGUAGCGAAAAGCAUGAUGAAAAGGACAGCCUUUCCAGCACGACUAGUGAGAAAUCCGAAGAUAAGGAGUCUGUACGUUCGAAAUCUCCAAGUAUCACAGGUGAUAAACCAGAGCAAGUAGAUUUGUUAGCUCAACCUGGAGAGAAAUUGCGAUCAUCUAGUAUUGUUAGUGUGAAAGCAGAAGAAAUGAAAUUGUCCGAGCCGGAAGACAAAAUCACAGAAAAAUCCAGAUCGCCGAGCAUAGCAACUGAAAAGGUUUCUGAAGGAGGCGUUGAAGAUAAACGUACAAGUAUAGAAAAGGAUACUAUUGAGCUACUCGAUAAAUCAAGAUCGUCUAGUAUUAUCAGUGAUAAAGGGGAAAAGGAAGAUAAAUCUCCAAUCGAUAAAUCUAGAUCAUCAAGUAUCGUUAGUGAACCUAUUGAUAAGGAUAUCCCUGAACGAAGAAAAUCUUCUAUCAUGACCGGUGAAGUUGAAGAUGACAAAUCAAUCGAGAAAGAUUUGAUGGAUAAGCUUAAAUCAUCGGAUAUUGAGAAAUCCUACACGGAUAUGAAAUCUCCUGACAAAACUUCUGAUAUUGAUAAAGAAAAGGAAAUUGAUAAGCCGAAAUUGCCUAGUGACGAAAAAGAUAUAAGUAAGAAACCGCCUAUUUUCGAGAGUGAACGUUAUGAUGAAAAGGGACCAAUUGAUGAAGCUAGAUCUCCAAGUGCGAUCAGCGAUAAAUCUGAUGGGAAAAAGGAGUCUGAUCGUUCGAAGUCGCCGAGCAUAGCCGCGGAUAAACCGGACUUUCAAGACGUGACGGAGCAUUAUUUAGAGAAAGCAAAAUCCCCUAUUUUUGAUAGGCCAGAAUCGCCUAAAGUUAUUGAUAAGACUGAAGAACCACAAGAUAAAAAUAGAUAUCCCAGUGUAGCUAGUGAUAAAUCAGAUAGCAAAGGAGUAAGUGACCGUUCUAGAUCACCAACCAUUUCUAUAGAAAAAGUAGAUCUUAAAGAUAUUGACCUAUCUGUCGAGAAAGCCCGAUCACCUAGUGUCACGAGUGAUGUUGAGGAUGAUAAGGCGAAACAACUUCCGUUAUCAAAAUCGCUUACUGACAAAGUCGAGGUAUCAAAAGACGAGUUAAAAUCUCCGAAGCUUGAUGAUGAUAAAACUGAUCUGAAGGAUGUAACACAACCUCCGCAAGACAAAUCACGAUCAUCGAGUAUAGCAAGCACUGUCAGUGAAUCUAAAGAAUCACUUAAAGAGAAGUCACCUGUUACUACCGAUAAAGCGGAAGAGUUUCAUGACAAGAGCAAAUUACCGAGCUCUGUCGAACAAAAAUUAGAUGUUGAAUCUAAAAAAUCAAGAUCACCAAGUAUCACCGGAGAACAACACGCUCCAGGAUCAACAGGUCUCACGCAAGAACCAAUUAAGACGUCAAGAUCAUCGAGUGUUUCAAGCAUCGUAACUGAUAAGAAAGAGCCUACCGAUCGUUCAAAGUCACCGAGUAUCGCUGACGAAAAAGAUUUGAAAGACAUUGCAGAGCAACCACUUGAUAAGUCAAGAUCAUCUAGUAUAGUAAGUGCUACUGGGGAUAAGAAGGAACCAGCUGACCGUUCCAAGUCGCCGAGUAUCGCCGAAGAAAAACUGGACUUGAAAGAUGUUGUAGAACAAUUCGAUGACAAGUCAAGGUCAAAAUCGCCAGUAAUUCCAGGUAAGAAAGACGAACAUGAAAGAAGCAAAUCGCCAAGCGUAGCUAGCGAAAAGUCCGAAGAGGUGAAGUCAGCGAUUAGUUCCAAGCCACCGAGUAUUUCUGGAGAUAUAGCGGACUUGAAAGAUUUAUCAGAGCCAGCAAUUGACAAGUCUAGAUCAUCCAGUGUGACAAGUGCAAUAACAGAUCAAAAAGAGCUGAUCGAGAAACCGGUAUCUCCUACAAUUCCUUGCAAGGCAGAAGAGCCACACGAUAGAAGCAAAUCUCCAAGUAUGGCAAGUGAAAAGUCCGAUGAAAAGAAAUCUGUUGAUGGUUCGAGAACGGCCAGUAUCACAGAGGAAAGACCAGAUCUUAAGGACGUUAUGGAAGCACCAUUCGAUAAAUCCAGAUCAUCCAGCGUUACGGGCUUUACGACCGAGAAAACGGAACCGUUCGGAAAAUCAAUGUCGCCUACCGUCUCUGACAAAUUAGAACCACCUGUUGAUCGAAGCAGAUCCUCCAGCAUUGCUAGUGAUAAACCCGAGGAGAAAGCAUUAGAUGAUAAGGGCAGCAGGAAAGAAUAUUAUGAAGAUAUUGUCGAUAAAUUUCCGGGUUUCAGCGACAUGGAAAUGUGGGAUAAGAAAGAUGUCGAAGAGAGGCCUUCGACAGUUCCCGGAAAAUUGGAUAUAAAGUCAGACGAUGUGUCGCAGCCGCAUGACAAAUCGCAUUCUCCAAGCAUCGUUCUUGAUAAGCCGAUUGACGAUGAACAGUUAAUAGAAACAAUCGAUAUCGAUGGAUUAAAAACGUCCAGCGAAUCGAGUUUCAUUGAGAGAAGAUCGUUAAGUAUCAUCAGCGACAAGACAGAGCCGAAAUCACCGUCUGAUGCCUCAAAGUCGCCAAGUUCAGCCGACGACAAAUUCGAUCAAAAAGACAAGUCUAGAUCAUCCAGCAUUGCUAGCGAGAAACUCGACGAUAUUACGGAUACGAAGUCUCCAUUAGCAAAGGAAGAACGAGCAGUUUCACCGGAAUUUCGUAGUUUGGAUACUAGAAAGAUUUCGAAAGAUGAAUCUGCUAAAUCAUCGCGAGCCAGUUCGCCAAUGGAUAAAGUUCCGGAUAGAUCACGUUCGCAAAGCGUUUACGAUAUUGGAGAGAAAACUCCAGCGAGUAGGUCCAGAACAGCCAGUUUAUUUGAUGAUAAGUUACCGGAAAAGUUACUUUCUCAGGAAGAAAUGGACGCUUCCAAGCAUAUUGAUAUGGAGAAAAAGCUCGACGAAAAGGAUGAGCAUAAGAGCCCAUCGAAAGUCAAGAGUCCUAUAACUUCUCCUGAAGCGAUUCAAAAGGAAAUGCAAAAGAUUCGCGAAAAACGAUUUGCCGAUUUCGAGGAGUCGUAUGCUGUACAACCGAGUAAAACAGAAAAAUCAGACGAUGAGGAGGAGGACAUUAUUAAAGUGACAGCCGAGAAGAAGGCCGAGAUUGAAAAAUACAUUCUAGAGGAGUUCAUUACGAAGAAGAAGAAAAUCAGUUUGGUGAUAAUCGAGAAAUUGGUUAUGACAUAUUCGGUGCCCCAAUUUGUAGUGAUGCAGAUAAUAGAAGACAUUAUUAGCCGGGAAAAUAUGCCCAGGAGCGCGGUCUUCGAUUUUGUGGAUGAAGAAUCAUCCGAAGUAGAAUUAAAAACAGAAAUAACAUCGCAACAAAGAGCGGACAUCGAGAAGUACAUAACUGAAGAAUUCAUCGCGAAAAAGAAGAAGAUCACACCAGAACUGCUAGAAGAAAUGAUCAUUCUGAAAGGCGUGCCGCGAAACAUCUUCAUUACGAUCAUCGAAGAGAUCAUUGUGAAGAAGCAGAUACCUAAAAAUACAGUGAUCGAAGGUGACCUGGAGAAAUCCAGAGAAAAGAGUCCUGAUAAACAAGCAACGUCUACCUUGCCGACCAGCACAGACUUAGGAAGAAGUAGUAUUACUCAAGAGUACCUUCAUGGUCAUGAAAAGCCAAGUGAUUCUAGAAAGAGUGAAAGUCCGCAUGGCAAGGUAUCUCCCGUAGGCAGCGAUCGAUACGAUCGAGAUGCGAGAGCACUCUCUGCUAGUCCUAGUUUCAGUCCAGAACCUAUACCUUCUGAUAAAUCAACUCAAGAUAGUCCGGCUCGGUCGGAACCACACAUAGACGAUGAAAUUCUGAUAUCGGAAGAGAAGCGAAUGGAAAUUGAGAAAUUCUUGGAAGAAGAAUACAUAAAGAAAGGAAAGAAGAUCACGGAAGUGAUACUCGAGGAGAUAAUUAUCAAAACUUCUUUGCCCAGAUACAUCAUAUUAGAAAUUGUGGAAGAAAUUAUAUUGAAGAAGAAAAUUCCGAGAGAAACUGUGAUUGAUGUGGAAAUUUAUCAAGAAGAUGAACCGGAAGAGGAUUAUGAAAAGGCGGCAUAUCAUUACGAUAGAACAACGGAGGUAGGUUAUGAACUGCCACACGAUGUCAGGAAGUCUUCGGUUGAAUAUGGAAUGGAGAUGUAUCCGAAAUCGGAUGAGCAACAGUUGGAUAAAUCUGUUACUGAUUAUCCGGAUUAUGAGAGCCAAUUUCACAAAGCCUUUGUUGGCGGUAUGACGGAGAUGCGGACGACUCAUAUAACUACACUCUCCGGAAAAUCAACGCCAGAAUUCGCUACGCACGAUGUGCCUUCUGGAUUUAGAUCAGAGCCCGCUGACAAAGCAUCCGAUAAAUUACCGGAACGUACUUUAACCACGACUCAUAUAACAACGACAGACGUGAGAGAUUUAGAGAGUAUGCAACCCGUGCAAACUGUCACGAUAUUGAGAGAAAGCAAAAUUGCGGAACCUCAUUUGCCGGCAGAAAGUCUAGGAAAGGACGAUAAGACAACAGCAGUUGCCGAAGAGGACAAACGUGAGACUGAACAUGAUAAACCAGCUAUCAGUAAGGAAGAAUCGGAAGCGGUAGAUACUAAACAAUCAAGUACCAAGCAGGACGAACCUGAAGCGAUUACCAAUAUCAUUAAGCGGCAGAACGUGGAACAUGAUGAGCCGGAAGUGGUAACUAACGUCGUCAAACGCGAGAUCAUCGAACAGGGUGAGCCUGAAGUUAUCACGAAAGUAAUCAGACGUGAAGUUGUUCUUCCUGAAGAAGAAACGAGCGAUUCUAAAGAAGACUCUGGUGAAUACGUGAAAACAAUUACAACGAGAACAACAAGAACAAUUGUAACGGAGGAAUUACCGGAUGUUGAAUUAUCGCAGACCGAUCCUUCCAAAAUUUACAAAGAUCCCACCUCAAGUGCGACCUACAGAAUUGUGAGUGGAGACAGUGCACCCGAUGCAGCCAGCGCUGAUGUGAAGCGGAUAGUGACAACAGUAACCACGAUCACCGGACCAGACGGUAAGGUAACCACGAAGAAAGACGUGAAGGAGAGCACCGACACUGUGGAAAGCGAGGAACUGCUGGAAAAAUUGAUCGAUUCUGACAAGGUCACAACAGAGACCACUAAGUCCGCGGAGAAGAUCAUCAAGGAGACAGUCACGUCCGUGACAUCUGGCACUUCGUCGCCCGACAUGAAAGCUUUCUAUGAUUCUGGCAAAUCGACUCCCGAUUUCAAGCAAGAAGAUAAAAUGGAGACUACGUCGAAAGAACAUUUAGGUGCGGAUAAGUUCGAACACUCGAUAUCUCCCAUGGUGCGAGAUCUGAUGUCCGACGACAAGAGCUACUCGGGCAAGUCCUCGCCGGAUAUAUCGUUGCCCAAGGAUAUUGUUUUCAGUGGCUCAACCGGCAAGUCCACCCCGGAGAUUCCCAUGUCGCCGUUGAUCAGAGACGGUGCCGUGGUCCAGCCUCACGUGUCGGGAAGAUCAACACCCGAUAGGCGAUCUGAUGGUCGAUCUUCAGGCACACCGGAAGGAUUUCGAUCGGGCGAGAUGAUUCGGACUAUUAUCACUACCACGAAAACGAUAUCUGACGAGGGUGAGAUUGUGACAACCACCAGUGAGGUCACGGAGACGACGAACGAGAAAGGCGAAACCAUCGUGCUGGCGGAAAAGACCGAUGUGAAGGUAGACGAACGUUUGCCGAGCAAGGACGCCGCAGAGAGCGCGAUCAGCAGCAUCAUCGGCAGCAUCAAAUCUUCGGAGCUGCAACGUAGCGAUAGUCCAAGGUCUGAUGAUGGGACCAGCGAGAAAGAUCGCGACUUGACUAGUUCAGCGAGUGAGCAAAGCAGCGUGCGAAGCAAGCCUGCUACUCAUGCGUGGGGCAGCGAGGAGCGACACACUUAUUCCGAUGACGAGCAACCUAGUUCGCCUCUGUCAUCAACUUCGCAACUAGGAUAUUCGCCGCAAGCGACCCGACGUUUCGAGUCCGACAAGGAGGACGAACAAAAGCAGGUCGAGUUCUCGACGGCUGCGAUGAGCAGCAGCUUCUAUGGUGAGUUACCGGCGGUACCACCACAGAUCUCCGCCAUGAAGACGUUCCAUGGUGAGACCGGUAUGCAGAAGAGCAGCGAUCCCAUUCCUAUUCACAGCCGAUUCAUGGUCGAAAAGGAGUUCGCCGGCGGUUACGGUGAAAAACCAGACGCGAAGAAGUACAUCGACGAAGCCGAUCUCGAUUUUGACAAGGCUCUGAUGGAUAAAGAGAUGAAAGAGACAAGUGGUGCUUUUAGCAGCGGCAUCUCGCCCAGGUAUACAAAUGGUAGUCUCCGACAUGAAACGGACGACGCGAAAGAUCAUCCAUCGUCUUCUUUCCGGGAUGACUCUAAGGACGAGUCAAAAGGUGACUCGAAAAAAGAUCCCUUGGAGGGAUGGGGACCUCCACUCGAAUUGCCAUCUCCUAAACCUCCCAGAAAGUUCAAUCUGAAGAAUCCUGCUCAACCGUCGUGCUCAAGCGAGAGCACCCCUGAUACCUUAAACUUCGACGUUUUGAAAGAUUGGGGUGAACCUCUUAGAUUACCCUCUCCUGCGCCCGUGACUAAUGAAGUUUCAAAUAAGGGAGCACCUAGCACACCCAAAAAAGAACGGAAGCAAACAAAGAAGGUUCAAUCGGAAAACAUAAAGAAUAAGAAACGCUCGGAAAGUCCUGGAAAGAACGAAAAGAAGAUGAAAGAUUCGAAGAAUAAGGUCCAGCCGGUCUACAUGGACUUGGCGUAUGUGCCGCAUCACGGAAAUUCGUAUUACACCUCGUUGGAAUUCUUCAAAAGAGUGCGAGCGAGAUAUUACGUAUUUAGCGGCACCGAGCCUAGCCGAGAAGUGUACGACGCUCUUUUAGAAGCUAAAAAGACUUGGGAAGACAAGGAUCUCGAGGUAACCAUGAUUCCGACUUAUGAUACUGACACCCUGGGUUACUGGGUCGCCGACAACGAGGAGGCUCUCGCGGCAAACCACAUAGACUUGUCACCAUCCGCGUCCCGGUGCACUAUCAAUCUCCAGGAUCACGAGACUAGUUGCAGUGCCUACAGGCUCGAGUUCUAGGGAUUGGCAGCCUGCUCAGCCGUAAUAGUCGAGUUCUGAGCGGCGUCCGGAACGCGUCAUCAUUCCGCUUUUGGACCCAUUCCUACCAAAAAAGAAAGAAAAAAAGAAAGGUUGAGCGCCGGUCGACCUACCGUCCCGUCAGGUGACCCCUGACCCCCUUCUAGGAGACCUGAAGACAAACGGCAUUUCAAAUUUUCGAGAUCCCCUCGCGGUCGUAGCUCCGCGGCCUAGCAAGAUCGUAGAAUAUCCGUAUUGAACAAUGUAGAGGUUGUCCCGAAGAAGAAAGACCGACUUUCGAAAUCGCGCUGGUCUCGCUAAUCGAGACUAUAUAUAUUAUCUAAGUUAAGAUGCGUUUCCUCCGUAUUCUUUUGAGAGGAGAUGGUGCGGGCGACGAGGGGAGACCGUAGGAAUAUUUCCUUGCACGGAUACAAGGUAUAAUAAAUUAAUUACGUUUAAGGAACCGAUUACCGAUAGGGAAAGAGAAUACCACAUUCGAUUAAGGAAUCGAUCAGAUGUCUUUGUUCUGACAGAUAUUUGUAUUUCUACACUUCGCACCGUUCGCAGCAUCGAUAUACCGCCUAUCAAUCAAUAUAUCUUUAUUCAAUAUGUACCUUUAUCAAACACUGCUCAAGUCGAGGACGACCGAGAAAGCUCAUUGCUCUCACGUAGGUUUCGCGCAGAAGGGAAAGAAACAAGGGAUGACGCGAUGUUGAGCGUGGCUACGAUGGUUCGCGAAUCGACAGUCCUUAAGUGCCGCGGCAUGGGACAAUCUGUACGUUAGUUACCUAAUAAAUUCACUUAGGAUAUUCUAGUUCCCGACCCGUAUUCAGCGAAUUGAGCGAUCACAGAGUCAUUCCUGAUGCGAGACCUCCUCGCCCCACCCUCUCCUCUAUCAGCAGAUUAAAGUAAAACUUUUAAUAUCUCUGACACAGCUGCCGCUUCAAGAGCACCGCGUAGUAUUCAGUGUAUCAGUUAAAAAAGACAAAAAAACCAUGGAAAGAGGAAAGAGAAAGGUAUCACAAAAUCAACUUAUCCGGAGAAAUAUAUAUCGUGAAUACGCGUGCAUAUAUAUAUAUAUAUAUAUGUGUGUGUGUGUGUGUGUGUGUGUGUUGGGACGAGAAGAUCCGUCGAUUGAUUGAUUGAUCGUCGUCCUUAACGGGACACGCGACAGACUCGAGCAGAAACGAUCCACAUUAUCUUUGAACAUUAUCCUUCGUUGUUUAUUAACGCUCCCCUUUCUCGUCGUAAAUGUCUAUUCGUGCGUAGGUAAAACGGUUAAAUUCCAUCGGGAAGUACUAGGAUAGGAAUUAUCUGUGUCGUAUUUCUAUAUCGUAGAGAAUAGAGAUUAUGAGAAUGCGUGGUGGUCACGAGAGCUUGAAAACGAGAGGAGAUUUCGUCGCUCCGUCGUCUCGAGAUCAAUGUGGACGACGUGCAGCCGUAUUAACCAAGGGGUCCGACGAGGGUGGUUCUGAAAAAGGACAUUAGAAGAGCGUUCCGUUGCCGUGAAGGAAGUGUAAGGCGAUGAUGAUACAUCUCAAAAUGUCCAUCCAACGGAUGAACAGUCCGUCUUCGAUCAUUUCUAAAGCGCGGAGAGCUUUGUUCUCUGAGGCUGCGACGUGGACGGAACUUGGGAAAACAGUGGUCGCGGUUCCGAGAGCCCUCGUAGACACAGAUUGAUCUUUGUGCAAAACUUCCUAGGAAACUAUAACGUCGUUCUCGUGAGAGAAAGAUGAUCUCCACAUGACCGCAUCGUACCGCCAUAACCGUUUGUCAGAGAAAGUUGAAAAUCUUUUCAGUGACCGAAUCACUGUAAUACUGCACAAACAAAUUUGCAGCUCAUCCAUGUAGAAGAUGUACAGAAGUCUCUUCAAAAUACAGUUCCAGUAACGACUGAAGAUUCCUGAAAUGAAGUAUCAAGAAGGAUAAUCUAGCGAAGAAAGUUUUCUAAAAGAAGAAUGAUGGUGACAAAAGGGAUUGACAGGCACUAUAAGGAAAGUAAACAGAUAGAUCAAGUCACGACGUGCGGAUCAGUGAACGGAUUAAUGCUGAAUAUCCGCUGCAGUGAAGAAAUCAUCACGUUAUCAUCUUCAUAAUGACAGAUUCUGAGACAUCGGAUGAACGAAGGGCCGAGGAUUGCUUUAAUCGACCACAGUUUUCUGAGACGUCGACAACGUCCGCCUCAGAGAAGAUUGAUCGCUGCCUUUUGAACAGAGAUAUCCGCUUCCAGACAGAAUUCGCAAUUUGUCGCUGGCGAUCUCUUGAAGUCGGCAUGGCAUCGCGCGAGUUUAACCUGGCAGAUCGAUUAAAGUCGAUAAAUCUUUUUGUACUUAACUUUCUCUUAGCUAGAGCGUUUUAGGGUCAAAGCUGGGCGAACCAACGAGACAAUGAUGAUUGGUGAUGAGUACGAUGGCAGAGACGACGAUAGCGACUGACAACGUGAAGGAAGAACAUCGCGCUUAUAUUUCGAGAUCCUCACUACAUGGGAUUUUACAUGAUCAUUUUCAGCAAACGUAUGAUAGGCCUCCCAUCCAUUUUUAUCCCAUGGCGAGAGCGCGAGAAGCGUCUGCUGUGAUUUCCUGAUGCAGGGACACGAGUUUACGAGUGAGUUUUCGUGUAAAUGUCGAUGAUAGGGCAUUCAGUCACCCAAACAGCACAAAAGUUUAUGACAUAUACUUAAAAUACGAGACAUGUAAUUUUGGGAAGCUAUAAAAUCUUUCGGACGUUUCCGAUUUUCAAACAUUUGUGCUGUCUGAGUGCUCUGUCACUUCUCUGUCGAGAGAUUGAAGAAGAUACCAGGUCGUACCAAAUAUCUCGAUUCUAAACGUUCGUGUAGCUGUACCUUAAGAAGUCCACCUAGUACCGAUCUUACAUGCGUACCCCUAGAGCGCAAUUGUCACGCCCCAACAUCGUGUCAAAUUGAUGUGUCGCCUUUAAAUUCGAAUCGAAAUCAAAACGUGUGUCGAUUUAGGCCCAAUGCGGGCUUUAAACAACCGCAGCUGCGAUUUAACUACGUAUCGAAGAGAACAGAGGAGAUUGUCAUUUAAAAUUAUGAGAAACAUGUGGUCAAAGAAUGGAUACAAGAAAUAAGAGGUAAAAAGAGAAAGAGAGAAAGAGAGACAAGUGCGAUUAAGCGCGAUACCGAACUGUAACUUAUAGAGGACACCUUUAUUCAUUAUUCUCGCGAGAUCCAUGGAUGAAAGUAAUAUUUAUCGCAGUUGUAUUCAAAUUUUGUUCGUACGUUCUAAAAAUGAGAUUGUUCACGAAUAAAUCUUGCUAAAUCUAAAGACUACCUGAACAUAAAUGCCGAGAGACUUCCAAGUGAUCUGGACGCCGACGUAAGAUCAGGAUAUUUUCGUGACGUCUUUCGCGUGUCGUGUCAUUCGAUUGAUUGAUCAUGAUGACUACGAAUGGAUCUCGCCGAAUGAAAAUCGGAAAAAGCUCUCCUCUAUAUGAGACACAUUCGUGCCUACACGAAAACGAUGGUGCUUGAUUAGUGACCGAUCGUUAAUGAUGACGUCUGCAGAUGAGCGAUCAGGAGAGGCGGUGAUGAAAAUGAUUUGUCUUGCUACAAUUGACAUGCGAUAGCGCGGCCUUUGCGGGUCCGGUUUCUAUAGAUUAGUGCGUAAGUUUUUUACCGCCCGUUUAAAUAACGCAUGAUUUUGUUUCAACCGCGGGAUUCACUAUCCCUGUACACGUGCACGCACGUACACACGUACACGCAUCUACGUACACGUUCACCUAUUCAUUCAUCAUUGUCGUUUGAUUAUUUAUUAUCCAUUCUUUAUUCAUUAUGUCGUAUUCACUAGACGCAGAAGCGCAUUCACUCGAUGAGAAUUGGUUGUCAAAGAAAUCUACAAGAGGGUGAUUACGUUGCUUUAUUUUCGGCGGAGUCCAAGAUUGCGCGAUUGCAAGAUUUCGUUUCGCCGAUCGGCGAAAGAAUAGAGGAGCAAAUGAGAAAAUUUUAUAAUAGGAAAAACGUGCAAAUGAGAAGACGCAAGUGACAUCGAGCAAGAGAAAGACGCGAACGAUCGAUUGUUAUAAAUACGAUUAACACAUACUGAAUUAUUUUUAACAAAAUAUUGUGCUUGUUAUCAUUGCGAUUAUUAUAUUGUGCUAUUACUAUUACUAUUAUUGCGAAUAUCAUUAAUAUUAUUAUAUAUUACUAUUACGUUCGCGAGAGCGGGUCAUUAUCAUCAUCAUCAUCAUCAUCGUUCUUCUCUUUCUAUUGUGCGAAUAGCUGCAGAAAUUUUUAUAAUGCUUAUCCAUACCUUGAUACAUAUAAUAGCGGAUUGCAGAUAUGCAGAGGAAAUCAGAAAAAAAGUGAGAAAAGGAGACGGAAGAAAAGAGAGAGAGAAAAAGAGAUGAUGACGAUGAAAUAUGUACCUAUGUAUUUAUGUAUUAUUUAUUGACAAGUAAUAUAAUGACCAGUUAUCUAGGUAGGAUGUUAAAAUUAUGAAAUUCAAUUUAAUGAAAACAAAAUAAAUUAAUAAACUAUUAAAUAAAGUUAUUGUCGAUCGAAGAUGAUGCGCGCAGGAUAGAUUAAAUAAACGAUCUAUUGGAAUAAUUUAAAUAAAAAGUAUAAAAUAUAACAAAAAAAA